AUGGUUGGCUACGUCAAAGAUCGUGUGACCCUUUUAGAGGCCGUGAACUUCUCGAAAGGCUCUGGGGUGUCCCCGUCAGCUCCGUACCAUAUUAAGUCCACGUCGUCAACCCAUGUUGGCAGGAAGCCAAAGGUGGCGAUGAUAACCACAAAACCAACGGGUACUGCUCCGUCAAAGUGUUUGUUUUGUUCGGGAGAUCACGUCACUACGUCGUGCAACGCGUUUGCCCAAAUGUCAGUGAGUGAUCGCGUGUCAGCUGCACGUGAUAAACGACUGUGCUUCCGUUGUCUCAACUCCACCCACUGGUCGACAAAAUGCAGAGUAUCCAAGCCAUGUGCCCGUUGCCAUGGUCGCCACCAUACUCUACUCCAUAAGGACAUCGAUACGGACUCACAACCCAUCCCCUCGACAAGUGCCUGCCACGUUAGCUCAUCGAAACAUCCUACUAUAUUGCUGGGGACCGCUGUGGUUCACGUGCGUGACCGGUAUGGGUGCAUGCAGCCGGUACGCGCCUUAAUCGACUCAGGAUCGCAGAUAAGUAUCAUGUCGGUUCCCUGUGUCGAACGGUUGGGGUUGACGCGUAAUAAGUGGACUGCUCCGUUGACGGGCGUGUCCGGGGUCGCGGUUCUACAAGUCAAAGGUAGGGUUGACUGUCUUAUUACGCCUAGGUACAAUGAUGAGCACCCCAUAGAGCUAAAGGCGUGGGUUUUACCUAGAAUAACAACUGAAAUGCCUUCGCAACGGCUGCCGCCAGAAAUGGUGAAGAAGUUUUGCCACUUGGCCUUGGCCGACCCGCGGUUUGAUAAUCCGGCUCCAGUUGAGUUAUUGUUAGGAGCUGACGUAUUCUCCCAAGUUAUGGAUGGGAAACGCGUCUUACUGGACCCCUCCUUACCUGCGGCGUAUGGGUCAAUAUUCGGAUGGAUCGUUAUUGGUCCCGUUUCCACGACAGAACCUGAUACUUAUCAGUCUCAUUCUGUUGUCACCCUUGCUGUGUCACUUGAGGACAUGGUUCAGCGAUUUUGGCAAGUGGAAGAACCUGAUACAGCCCCGGCUACAUUCCAUGAUGAGGGUCAAUGUGAAGCUGUCUAUAGCGCUGAGCGGUAUCGUGACCUUAAUGGACGAUUUGUGGUGCCCAUGCCGUUCAGGCCCGGUCAUCGUGAUGAAUCAUUCCCGGGGUCCCGCCAAAUCGCCAUACGUCGUUUCCAGAACCUGGAACGGAAGCUCCAGGCCGAUGAAGUGCUCUACGCUGCAUACAGGGAGUUCAUGUCAGAAUAUGAGUCGUUGGGACACAUGAAUAUUGCGGCUGAUGCCGGGACGUACUUCAUACCCCACCACCCGGUCUUCAAUGCGGCUAACAAGAUACGAGUGGUAUUUGACGCCUCAGCCAAGGCCAAUUCGCAACUGUCUCUAAACCAAUGCUUACACACUGGGCCGAAAUUGCAGUUGGAUAUCCUGGACAUCUUGACCCGUUUUCGCCUUCAUAAGUUUGUUUUCACCGCCGACGUGUGUAAAAUGUACCGGCAAAUCCUCAUACGCCCGGAAUAUAGGCGCUUCCAACACAUAUUCUGGCGGUUUUCACCUGUAGAGGAGCUAAAAGAAUAUGAGCUAAACACCGUCACGUACGGAGUUAAUUGCGCCCCCUUCCUGGCAUUGCGCGUACUGAAGGACAUCGCUGAUAAUGAGUGCCAGGACUUUCCGGAGGUCCGGGACGGGCUGAGAUACCAGACAUACGUUGACGACAUUUGUCUCGGAGCCGACACCGAGGAGCUCCUAUCGAAGGUACAGUCCGAGUUGAUAGCCGUGCUGGGGCGCUCUGCACUUGAACUGAAAAAGUGGUCGAGCAAUUCACCCCGCGUAAUGUCAGAGAUUGCGGAAGCUGAUCGCAUUUCCGACGUCAUCAACUUCGAUGAGAAAGAAGGAUGUAUGAUCAAGGUGUUAGGUUUGCGCUGGCAUCCGACCAAGGACGUUUUUGGUUUUGAUGUCCAUCCGUUAACAACAGUUGUCACCAAACGAUCCGUGUUAUCUAUUAUCGCCAGGAUCUUUGACCCGAUUGGAUUCCUUGCUCCUGUGAUUUUUCAUGCAAAACAUAUUAUGCAGUUAAUUUGGAAGUCUGAACUGGGAUGGGAUGACCCUUUACCACAUGACCUAGGUGUUACCUGGAAGCUGUUGCUCAACGACCUUCCAGUGUUGUCCAAAAUCGAGAUCCCGCGUUUUCUAUUGACAACCACCAGGUCCAACGUGCAUUUAUGUGGAUUUUGUGACGCGUCGGAACAAGGAUAUGCCGCGGUAGCAUAUUUGCGAGUAACGUCAUCUUCAGGACUGGUCACCGUACAUCUCCUUGGUUCCAAAACCAAAAUGUCCCCCAUGAAGACUAGCACGAUCCCAAGAUUGGAAUUAUGUGCGGCCGUGCUUCUGGCCCGUUGGCUGGCUCGCCUCCUAACAGUUUUUGGGGACCGACUCCGCUUCGACGGUAUCUUUGCAUGGUCGGAUUCUCAGAUAGUGCUAUCAUGGCUAGUUAACCCUCAUACGUGUUUCAAAGUGUUUGUCUCGAACCGAGUGCAUUUAGCCCGUCAGUUGGUACCAACCUGCCAGUGGGGUUACGUCCGGUCGGCUGAGAAUCCGGCAGAUUGUGCAUCCAGAGGGUUGAUGCCCUCAGACUUGGUUAAUCAUGUAUUAUACUGGUCGGGUCCUGCUUUCCUCAAGGGCACUGUUGAAGCUUGGGACAUGUCGGUCGCAGCGGUGCCUAUGGAGCAGCUACCGGAAAUCAAAGUCAUUUCGCUGUCUGUCCAAAUCGAGCCUGAGGUAGAGUGGUUUAGUCGUUUUUCUUCAUACCACAACAUGGUCAGAGUUGUGGCCUGGUUGAUUCGCGUCGCAGGCCGAGCCCGGAAACAGAAAUACACUUCAGAGUAUUUGACUCGCGAGGAACUUGACGACUCACUCACUGUCUUAGUUAAACAGUCUCAAGUCCGUUGGUUGUCCAAACUCCACGAGGAUCUAGCGCGCGGCCGCCCUGCACAACGGUCAUUUGGUCUGCGGCCCUUCGUCGACGCACGAGGUGUUAUCCGUGUCGGAGGUCGUCUGACGCGUUCUAAUCUAACCAGUGCCGAAAAACAGCCUAUUCUGUUGGCUAAGGACUCUCACUUAUCAACACUUCUUGCUCGCCAUUGGCACCUGGUCACAUGUCACUCCGGACCUCGAGUAAUACGUCAUUGA